ACUAUUAUUAUUUUGUUGGUGGGGGUGGCAGGGGAGUGCAGUUAGUUUAUGGGAUUUGAGCGGGUUUGUAGUCACCUAGGGAGAGAGAGGGAACGUCACCUCAAAAGAAAUGGCUUCCUCAGGGGAAGGUGGUGGAAAAAUGCAACGUACAAAAGAUUUGUCAGGGAACGAUAGGAGCAGUAUGUUCCAUCGCCUGUUGGACAGGAGAAUGAAUGCAAACCUUAAAGAGGAAUCGAAAUCACUUCUCCACAGACUGUUCUUCCUGGCCAAAACUUCCCCCGAGAUGGUUGACAAAAAAGUCCUGGGAGGAUACUAUGAAAACUUGUUUCAGAAACUCCAGCGCUCUCACCAAGCAGAAGGAAUUACAGGUCUCCUGUUGCUGUAUUCUAGCCAUGUUAUUCAUUUAUUAGAGUCUUCCAGUGAUGUAUUAUAUUCAGUGAUCCGGGAUCUAAAAGAUAUGCAACAACAAGAAAGAGCCUUACUUUUGGAGCCCAAAAUUCUGUUAAUAUCACAUAAUAUUCCAAGCAGACUCUUCCAGCAAUGGGAAUAUAAUGUCCUGAAUAUCACUGCAGAACGUCUGGAUGAUACUUUACAGGGGGAACCAAUUGAGAAGAUCGUCAGUGAAUUCCUAACUUUGUUUCUUAAGCUGGGAACACACAUACAGAAAACCUAUAAGGAAUUCCCCAAUAAGCCACUCAGUUCUGUGCUGGACAAUGUGCCAGAACUGAAUGUUCCCCAGGAGUUGAUUGAACGUGUCCUGAAAUCAAAUGAACUUUUAACUCCUCACCAAUUCUUGGACGUCUAUGAUGCUUCCAUAAGUGUCAUUAUGGAUUCAGGACAUGUUUUUGGAAGUACCAACAUGACAACUGUUUAGAGUGUUCUCUGACGGAAGAAUUUGUAUGGCCCAAGCCAGAACAUUUACUGCCGGAGACCAGAAAAUGAUGGUUAAAUGUGCUCGGUUUGGUUUAUAUACAUAAACAUGGUACUCCAGUUCCAUCAGUGAUGAAUGUUGUGCAGUUUUGUUGAGAAAAUGCACUGUUUAGCAAGAAGUAUUAAUGUAAGAAACAGGAAAGUGUAUCACACACCAAAAAACUGUCAAAUCCAUUGGACUACUUUUUACAGUUAUGAAAUAUAUCUGUCUUAUGUUAAAGACCUCAAAGUUUUGAAGAGGAUGCUCUGGGAAAUGAAUUCUUCUUGUUACUAAAUAUGUUUUAUUUGGAAUAACAGUCAGAUUGAAUUAUCAAACUCAUUGAGACUGCACAGUGAGCAAAGUAAUGUACAUCGAGUUUUAAGAUAACACGGUAUAAAGCUGGAUGAACGCAACAAGCCAAGCAGCAUCUGAAGAAGGGUCCCGACCCGAAACGUCAAGCUUUCAUGCUGCUCUGAUGCUGCUUGGCCUGCUGUGUUCAUCCAGCUCCACACUGUGCUAUCUCAGAUUCUCCAGCAUCGGCAGUUUCUACUAUCUCUACGACUAGUUUUAUAUCUGGUUCAGGCUGAUGGAAUGACUUCUGGCUGUAGAUGCUCACAAUGAAUUGUGUCUGGGUGGUCUUGGCUAAUGUUUUCUGUAAGUUGUGUGGUAUGUGAGUACUCAGCACCCUGGAAGGUUCAGCACAGGACGCACCGACUUUCCAGCUCCUUUGGUGCUGCCCGGCCUGCUGAGUUCCUCCAGCUCCACACUGUGUUGUCUCUGACUCCAGCAUCUGCGGUUCUUACCAUCUCCGAUGCUCACAAGUUGUCCCCGUUAGGGUACUGCACUAAUUCCACCCAGGUCAAAACAAUGUACGGCCUGGAUCUUCCAAUCUGAGCUGGAAUUCAUCUUUCUGACCCGGAGCCAGGCUAAAUUUUGCCACCCUUAACUUUGCAGGAGUCAUCAUGUUUUGAUUCAGAAUACAUUGCAAUAGAAGCACAUCAGCUAACCACACAGAGACGAUGUCGGAGCAGUCCACUGGAGAAGCCAUGCUCCCUUGUUACAGCAGUAAAUGCCCUAUUCCAAUAAGUAAAAUGUCUAAAGCUCCCAAAGCCACUUUGACACUUACUGAGUAAAGGCAACUGGGGAAGUACCAGGUAGGUAAAGGGGCAAAAGCAAAGUCACCAUAGUCCUUCCCUCUCAUGAGAGAGGGGCAACUGGUGGUGGUUUAACCUGGGGUUCACUAUAUCUCAAGUGAGGGGAGAGGUUGAGAAGUGAAGUCCACCAUAGAUAACCUCAGCUAGUGUGGGAAUUGAACCUGUGCUGUUAGUAGCACUCUACACUGCAAAUCAGCCGCACAGGUAACUGAGCUAAGGUGACAGGGGUGAAUCAAUCAGGCGUCCAUAAGCUGGGAUGUCCGUGGGUCAGGGGAUUGGGUCACCUGACCCAGAGGGCUCAGUGUGAUGAUUCAAGGCUCUAGUGGUGGGUCCAGCUGUCUUUUGAUGUACUGAGGAGUUACAGGUCGUUUUAACCCUCCAACCUUUCCUGCUUAACUAAUAAGUUAGACCCGCACAAAGUCUCUGACUUUAACUCAGAGGUGGUGACUUUUCAGAGUGUUCCCGGUGCCGGGAUAGUUGCCUAUUUGAAGUUUAAACUUCCUGGGGCAUGCCAUGAGCAAGAUGUGUCCGGAUCUCUGGGAGGUCUCACUCUGCACCUUCUAGAGUUAGUCCAGUCUUGGACUAUCUAGAGACAGGGAGAUCUGGGCCAUUAAAGUUCAAACACAUCCAAACGAACAGGCUGCAAGCUUGGUAAAAAAUGUAGAGGGGACUUUGAUCUCAGCACGUAAUUAAUCUGAGUUUCCUGUGUGAAACUGACCAAAGUGUGUAUGAAAUUGGAAAUUGCACCUUGAGGUAGCACAUACUUGGUAAGCUCGGAGGUAUGACUCAAGACUACAAGAUGAAAGUGAAGUUGAAAGAAAUGGCUACACAUGUUAUGUUUAAGAUUUUCUCCCUGCCAGAGUAACCAGGAUGGCAUUUUUCUUACGGAGACCCUGGGCAAAUGGUAGUGCCCCUUGCAGGGCAGGAAGCUGAUUGGUGGAGGAGUGGGUUCAGCUGGACUUUAUACAUAGCAGCAUGGCUUUAGUGAUGCCAUGGCUAUGCUCCCCAGCUGACUGGGGAGGCUGGGAGAGGUGCUGUGUCAAAGGAAAGGUUUCAACUGACAAGGGCUCACCUGGCACUUGGACCUUCUCAAUCUGCAGCAGCUUGGAAUGGGCUUCUCCUCCAAGCACCUCAGCCCAACCCCCCAUCCAUUCCUUCACCCAAACCCAAACACAAACCAAGUCUCUCCCUCUUCCCUAGGCAUCUUCUUACAGGAUCUGAGGGACAGCAGGAAGACACAAUUUCUCAAUGAUGGGAUGAAGAGGUCAGCCUCUACAAGCAAGCCACGGAGCCAUAGAGUCAUACACUACAGAAACAGACCCUUCAGACCAACAAAGUUUGCCAAACUAAACUAGCCCCACUUGCCUACGUUUGGCCCAUGAAUAACUGAGGAGAAGGGGUAUGCUCCCUCUGACUUAGAGACUGAACCCAAACACUUGGAGUCAUGGCAGGUGACUGGCACAAUGCUUGUUGGUGCUGAGCACGACCCUCUGAUUUCCCAGCAUUGUCCUGCACAGCACACCUCAGCACAAUGGUAAGCGUACAGCUUCACUCAUUCACGCCUCUCUCCAAGCUUCUCAGAUCCCCAGCUGAACAGUCACACUCACACUCACCUUCUGACACCCGAAUCUCAGUCAUAAACAUAUGAACAAACGUAUGAAGAUAAGAAGCAGACCAUUCAGGACGGAUUCCACAUUCCCACCUACCUGCAGUAACCUUUGACACCUUUGUUAGUUAAGAAUCUAUCUACCUCUGCCUUAAAAAUAUUCAAUGGCCCCACCUCCAAUGCUCUCAGGGGGCGGGAUUUAACAGAAUCACAGAAAUAUUUACAGUUUAGAAGGAGGCUGUUCAGCCUGUUAUGCCUGUACUGGUUCUGAAGACUCUGAAUCCCCUGGGAGGAAAUAUUCUCCUCGUUUCCCUCUGAAAUGGCAGACCAUUGUGCCCCCCCCCCCCCCCCCGUUCUAGUCUCCCCCGCAAGUGGGGGUACACACUUUCACUAUCUGCCUGUCAACUUGCCUCAGGACUUGAAAUGUUUCAGUAAGUUAAUAAAACUCUAGAAGGAUACUGCCUCAGCCUGUCCAUCUUUUCCUCACAAGGUAACCCCUUCAAUAACAUUAUCACAUCCAGCUCCACACUUUGUUAUCUUGGAUUCUCCAGCAUCUGCAGUUCCUAUUAUCUCUGAUACAAUUUUAACCUCACUGCGAAGCCUCUUCCAGGAAUGCCUAACCUGAAGAAGCUGCCCUCCUCCCUCUGGACCAACCUCAGGGAAUCUCUCUCCCACUGCAACUCUCUUGCAAUACUCUCCUCUCCACCUACCUUUUCUCUCUAUCUUCGGUUCGCCUCCCCCUCUCUCCCUAUUUAUUCCAGAACCCUCUCCCCAUCCCCCUCUCUGAUGAAGGGUCUAGGCCCGAAACGUCAGCUUUUGUGCUCCUGGGAUGCUGCUUGGCCUGCUGUGUUCAUCCAGCUCCACACUUUGUUAUCCAUGAUUCUGACUGCCUGGUUUGAACUCUGUGUGGCUCAGUGAGAACUCCUCCUUGGUGCAGCCAGUAGAAGGCAAGAAUAAAUAACGCUGUAACAUGGAUGAAGUAUAGGCACAAGCUGUAAGGUCAUAAGUGAGGCAAGUGAGGCUGGGGCUCACACCAAACAUAGUUUGAAAACCAAUAUUACAGAUGUUUGAAUGAUUUUGUUUUCAUGGUUUUAGCAGAGCGACAAGUGUUGACCACCUGUGCUACAAGGAACAUGAGGGGAGAGCUGAAGUAUCAAGAUGAAAACAAACAUAGACCAUAGAAUCUUAGGUCCACCACAUCUGUGCUAAACUAAUCUGAACUGCCUGUAAAUUUUCUGUAUCUCUCUGUUCCCUGCCUUUUCAUGUGUCUGUCUAAAUGCCUCUUAAAUGUUGCUAUCCUAUUUGCUUCUACCACGUUCUCUCGCUGCAUGUUCCAGGCACCUAGCACCCUCUGCAUAAAAUAUUGCCUCACACAUCUCCUUUAAACUUUCCUCCUCUCCUCUUAAACCUGUGUCCCCUAAAUUUUGAUACUGGCAUGCUGGGAAUUUAAAAGCUUAUCUAAAAAAAAUGGCAAUUUUUAAUAGAGCAAUAUUCCAUUAGCAUCGCAAUUCCACCUUCAGCACACUAGAGAAAGAAUUGACCUCAACCAUUUCUGCUGAGGCAACAGUAUUUUCUUCUGUCUUGGUAUGCUACUUUGGGCUCAGUUAUGAAUUCAACGACUUUAGAUCAUAACUUCUGCUUCCAACUUGCCCAAAGGUUUUUCAGUUUUCUUUUCCAGACUUGUUCCUUAUCCAUCUUUCUUAUAUUCAGAAGGUUUAUGAUGCCAUUCACACCUCAUCGGGACAUAACCUUUGAUUUUUCAGCCAUACCCCACUGCUCUCUGACUUUUGUAACAUGAAAUCUUAAUCUCUCCCUGUCACAGAACUUCCCUUUUACCUUUGCCGAACCUUGCCCUUCCAUUGGCUUAUAAGCACUUACAUUUUCAUUUUCCUUCUGUUCUGAUGAAAUGUCAAUGAUCUCUGAUUUUUUGUCUCUCCACAUGUGCUGUCUGGGCUACUGAAUAUUUCCGGCAUAUUUUGUGUGUUUAGUUUAGAGUUCCAGUAUCCACGACAUGUUGCUUUGGAAUGCAUCUUUCUCUGCCACUCCACCCUAUUGCACGCCAAGGCUCAUGCUCUGCCACACUCACUAUUAAUUCUGAGAUAUCACAAAGAAUGUGAUCUGAGGAAGUGCAACAAUUUACAGAAGUAAUUAAAAAUAUGAGGAUUGAAUUGUUUCCUGCCAAAUGAAUUAACAGCACAUCAUUAAAUUAAGCCCGAAACGUCAGCCUUCCCUGCUCCUCUGAUGCUGCUUGGCCUGCUGUGUUCAUCCAGCUCUACACCUUGUUAUCUCAGAUUCUCCAACAUCUGCAGUUCCUGCUAUCAUUGAAUUAAUAAACUUUUGAACUAUCUGCAGAACAAACAGCACCACCAUCUUGUGGCUCGUUUGGUUAUAGCAGGCCAAACCAGGAUACUCCACAGGAUCAGAAAUUUUACCAAGCAGGAGGAAGCCAUUUGGCCCAUUGCACCUGUGCCUGUCAAUUAGAAGCAUCUUGCAUUUAAUUUACACAUCAGAGUUCUCCCAUUUAAAAAAAAGACCUGAGUCAUUGACUAAGGAGGAGAGAGCAGCGACUGGUUUAACCUUAGGCUCACUGUGGUAAGGUGUUAGAUGAGAAGGUGGGAUCUUCAUGGUGCCCUCAGCCAGGGCAGGAAUUGAACCUGCACUGUUAGUGUCUUUGUGUGUUGCUAAACCAGCUAUCCAGCCAACUGAACUAACCAGCCCUGUGGCAAGCUCUUAAAGAAAACAGCAACAUUUGGGCAUAUGAGUGCUGCUCUGAACUGGACGAGAGAUACCAGGCUGGAUUCUUGCUGCUGUCUCCAAUCACUGGCCUUAGGAGCCUUGAAGCUGCUGACUGGGUACAAGAGUCUCUUCGAGAGAGUUGAGUAUUGCUGAGCCAGGUGGAUACUGUCAACUAAAUGUGACCAAAAACCAACUGCUUUAAUUCCAGGGAGUUUUACACUGGGUUUCUCUCCGAGAUCACAGCUUAUCUCACACAACUCCCUGCUGCUCACUCUCUGUGCCACAUCCACCUCUCUCCAAUGCCCCGAUGCCACUCUCAUGCUAUGGUGUGUUCUCCACCAGUGGGGAUACUCAUCACUUGCUGCACCUCCCGGUAUAUGUGCCACGGGUUUAAAAACAGCUGUGCACCAUUCGGAAGUUGCCCACCAGACUGUGUGGCCACGUGAUUCUGAAGGAUGUGGCUCUGAGAAGGAAGCUGGCACCUUGCUUUGCACCCAACAGGGACAUGGAGAUGAUGGUGGACAGGAUGAUGCAGAGGAGCAAUGACCCCUUGCCUCAGGACCACCAGAGCCCCAGAAGCAGCAAGACAGAUCAUGGUCACUUGGGCGUUCCUGCACUCUGCUAGGGUCAGUGCCACCAUCUUCUCUCUGAUACCUCACCCUCGAUCUUUCUCUGCCGCUGCACCUACUACACACCAAGGCUCAUGCUCUGCCACACUCACUAUUGAAUGCAGCAUCUUCCUUCAAUUCAUCUACCCCAUUGCCCUGACAACACAAGCCCUGUGCUGCCUGGGACACCUCACUGGCACAGAGGAUCUAACAUUAACAGCUGUUCCACUUCUUUCAUCUCACUCAAACUCUUCUUUUGUCUUAUUCCAGGAGAAAAUAGGGUUAAAAAGAAACCAAGAUAUGUGAGGUGAUACCACUCAUUUCCUCAUCUCCUAAAAGGGAAGACUCCUUGCCUUAGUGAGAAAACACUGUGACUGUUCAUGUGGUGUUGCCAAGAUCUCCACCUCUCGGUAAUCAAGUAAGAUUCAUUGUUGAGAGCUGUGCUACUCUCUCAUUCUUGCCCCUGUGAAUGUAAUCUUAACAUGUCCAAGUUUCUACUGAGCUUCACAACUCAUUUUCUCCUGCAGGCAUCACUUGAUUUCACCCAGGUUGUGCCUGAAAGAGGGCAGACCCUCAGGACAUUGUCCCCUCCUCCAUGUUGAGAAAGAAGUCACAGAGCCCUCAGAAACUAAAAGGUUCUGGCAAAAUUGUCUCCUGCAUCAUCUAUCAGACAUUACUAGCUUGGUGGGUAUGUUCAGUGGAUUAGCGUCAGGAACACAUUCUGGUGGGCAUAUCAUUAGAACAUCUCUGCUGCUGGCUGAAGAUGAAAUGGUCCAGGUCACUAGUACUUGGAGAAUUGUUGGAGACUAGGCACUAGUCCAAGCAAGAGUGAACCCCCAUAAUAACAGUUGUUCAAAACUUCAUUCAAAUGCUCAAACAGGCAGAGGCGCAACAGGGAGCUUUGUUGGAGGCACUCAGGUAACUGUAUCGAUGUUUGGAGGAGAGCGCCAACAUAAUUUGUACCUUCUGAUGAUGGCAUUAGCAGUCCCUGUGGAUAGGGUUGGAAGCUAAAUUGACAGCCAGGUCCAGCACCCUUAGUGUCUGCAAUCCCUCACUCUAGACACUGGUUCCCAGCAUCAAUGACAAGGCAACAAGUGGAUCUGGGAGCUUGACUUCUCUUACUCCAGGUGCCCUUCCUCACAACUAGACAUGGUGUUGUCUGUAGAUAUUCAGCCAAAGAAGGAACCACAUACACAUCCUCCAGAAGUCUAUUUCAGCAUGCAGCAGAGAUUCCCAGCUCUUCGACCUCCACCCUGCCCUACCCACAAUCCUCAACCCUAUUGAGAAGGGGAUUGGUGAGCCUUCAUCUGGCCAGGCCACUCUCAACAUGACUGGGACCUCUUAGCCACAAAUGGCCCUGGGUUGGUCCUUCCAAGGUCAACUGGCUCUGCAAUUGGCAGGGUCCCUCCAGCUCAGCUCACCUUGAUGUAGAAGAAAGUUAAGGAUAAAGGAAAACUUCGGAAGGCACGUGGUGGGCGUGGAUGAAACUUGAUAUCAAAUAUAUAAAUGCAUUUUUACUUCGAUGUUCAGUUUUCAUCAUUAACUGUGUGAGCUGCAGUGACAGUAAUGAAGCUAGAAGGGCAUGCUGCAUGAUAUUCUAAUCCUGUCUGAAUGUUAGCUGUCCUUCCUACAGGAGCUUGCAUUGUAAUGUGAAAGAAAUUGGAAGUUUGACUGCUAUUAUUGGGUGUGUUAAACAUCAGGUUUUAGCUACAGGUAGGAUAAAUUGCUGGAGAUUCCGUUCAUGUGGCUGACCAGGAUUUGGAAAUAUGGAUUGUGUAGAAUAUAUCAAUAUUGUGUUACACCACUCUCAUUCUCUUCUCUCCCCGAAACUAUUACACCGAAGCAUGUGAUCAUUUAAUCUGAUGGUAACAAUAUUAUUUUGCAAAUUUCAGAGGCAUACCUUCACAAAUCCGGAAUGGAUGUUCUUUUUGAAUUAAACAUCUUUUAACACUUGUAAAUUAUUUAUAUACUUUGCGCAUAAUAGAAUGCCUAAACAAGAUGGCGUCGGUGUGGCGUUCCUGAGCCACAGAUCAUCCACUCCAACCACUUUGCUUUUCUUUUCUUUCUCUCUUGUUUUUCUUUUCUUCCCUCUCCUUACUUAUCUCUUUCCCUGAACUCAGAUGGCACCAGCAGUAGUGAGAGUCCAGUGUGGACUAAA